UUACAGCUACAUGUAAUCCAGAUUGUCAGAAUAAAGGCAGAUGUGUUAGUCCAAAUACAUGUGAAUGUCCAGCAGGCAUGUACACUGGCCCAAGAUGCAAUGUUCCCAUUUGUACACCGUCGUGUAAGAAUGGAGGAACUUGUUCCCAAUCAAGACAGUGUCAGUGUCCGAGUACCCAUCAAGGAAGGGACUGUGGGGAUCCUGUCUGUAGGCCUAGCUGUCGGUUUGGGACUUGUAUACGUCCUAACGUCUGCUCUUGCUACCCAGGAUACACUGGUAGUCUUUGCGAGAUACCAAUAUGUUAUCCAGUUUGUCAGAAUGGAGGCACCUGUGUUAGUCCAAAUACAUGUAGUUGUCCAAACGGAAUGUACAGUGGUUUGAGAUGCAAUAAACCUAUUUGUGAUCCGUCAUGUAAGAACGGAGGGACUUGUUCCGAAUUAAGAGAGUGUGUGUGUCCCAGUACCCAUCGAGGAAGAGAAUGCGAAAUUCCUGUUUGCAGUCCCAACUGUAAGUCUGGUUCCUGUAAAGGUCCUGACUUCUGCUCUUGUUACCCGGGGUACACUGGUAGACUUUGCGAGACACCUAUCUGUAAUCCUGUUUGCCAGAAUGGAGGUACUUGUGUCAGUCCGAAUAAAUGUGAUUGUCCAGCGGGAAGGUUCACUGGUCCUGGAUGCAAUAUUCCUAUUUGUAAUCCGUCAUGUAAUAACGGAGGGACUUGUUCCCAAUCAAGGCAGUGUGUGUGUCCGAGUACCUAUCAAGGGAGGGACUGUGGUGUUCCUGUUUGUAAAAGUCAUUGCCGAAAUGGUGGUACAUGCAUUUACCCUGACGUAUGUUCAUGUGAUGAGACUUACACAGGGCGUCUUUGCGAAAUACCCAAGUGUUCCUAUCAUUCCCCAUGCUUUCCCGGUACUUGUGGUGGUGAUUCCGUGACUUGUCAUUGUUAUCGAGGGUUUUCUGGUCAGGAUGGAAUUCAGCGAUGCAGGGAAUUGACUUCAGAAAGACGUCCAACAAUAACUCAAUGCACGUCCGUUCUUGCUAAUAUUGAAAGAACUGGACAUAAGAGAGAGCUCUACCGCUUUAUAACGGAUUCAUCCGAACCAAACUCCACAAGAGUAGAUACGUUAUGGCUUAAUCAAAAGGAUUACAAUUACAUUAACGUCACAUUUGCCGCGUUCUAUACAGGACCGGAGAAUUUAGCAGUUCCAGAAUACGUCAAACGGUUCAAAUUUGGAAUUACUUCAGGGAAAAUUCAGAUUAAAUUAUGGAAAGUUGAUAGAAAUUAUCAAAAUAAACCUUUUGUGAGCCAAAAUGAGAUCAAAAACUGUAGUUACCAACCGGGAUCUCUUGAUCCAAAUGACGAUGUUUUUCAGUGUAACUUCACAGAUGAAAACUUUGACAGGCUAUUGGAAAAUGGGGACACUUUGACGUUAACUGUUAUUGCUGAAAACGGAGGGUAUCGAGAACUUGAAGGACCAGGAACCCAGUUAAAGAAUGAUUUCUUCAUUGGCCAAAGUACCACAAAAUCAACAAUGUUUCGUUUUGACUUCAAGAAACCGUGUCAUUGCCUUCAAGAGAGAGACUGUGGAAAAAAAGCUUUGGAUGUAACAGAAGAUAUAACAAAGGUUCUUUAUAAUUAUAUUGGAAACAACUGGAUGGAUGAUCUCUCAGGUCUAAAAGGGUACAAACUACAGGUUUAUUUGCUAAAACUGAAUACAACGUAUCUUUCUGAACCUUAUCCCUGGAACCCUAGUCAAGAAAUAACCUUCAAUGAGACAGUGUCAAGUUAUAUAUACACGCCUCCACAGCCAGGGAUGUAUUCUUUUAUUCUUAACGUAAUAGACAAUGCAAACAAUACACAGUACGCUCGCACCUUGGUCUUGUAUGAUCCUUCAUCAAGCAUCACUCUGUCGACUUCACCGUUCAUUGCCACAAGUGCAGAACCAGAGACAAACUACAUGUGGCAAAAUAAUCUCAAAAAUAACAUUACAGUAUCAUGGAAGGGACACUUUGAAAACAAAUUUCACGAUACAAAUAAACUUCUGAAUCAGGUUUCACAUUAUCAACAUUUUGAUCAUAUGACAAAAUAUGAAAAACAAGUCCCACAGCAACUGGAUGACACAGGGAAAAGAACACUUUGCAGAAUACCAAAUAUUAAAGGUAUUGUCAAGUUUGAAUACUUUUAUUCAAAUGAAAAUGAAGGCAACACACGCCCGACAUGGAAAAUAGUAGAAAAUGUAUUUUCAGAAAGCCAAACAUUCUGUAUAGAACGACAAGAUGGAAAUGCGAUAAAUUUCUGGGUCAGAGCAACUGACGUCAUGGGGAAUGAAAAAGUAGACAUGACAAAGAUAUUCUUUGAUUCCACUCCACCAAAGGCACUGGCAGAUUCAGAUGUGAAAUUCACACGUAACAUUAAAUCACCUACGUAUGAUUUUUCGAGUCGAUUGCAGGUGGAUGCAUAUGAUAGACAUAGCGGAAUUUAUAAAGUCCACUUGGAGCUACUAGCAAACAGCAGCAACGAAUUGUUCCAUGGAACUAAUAUUCAAGGGAAUAAAUCUGAUGUUGAUGUGAGAGAAUAUGGAUACCAGGUACCUAUGGGGGAUUACUAUUAUUAUAGUCACUAUAUCGACAUCAACAACUGCUGGAUGGUUGUACCAAAGGAAAAAUUUGCCAAAGAGCUUGUUUUAUUAAACUUGACUGUAUACAACAACGCGAUGAAACUACCCAUUACAAUUACUGAUUUAGUUUCACUUGACGGCAUAGAUGAGUACACUGGCCCUAAAAAUCUGACGGUGUUAGAGACCUAUGACAACAGUGUUCGUCUGAAAUGGAUCGUAUCUCCAACAUGUUACAAAAGGUCCAAGAUCACCCUGCAGUUCCGUUCCUCCAAUGGCCGAACAGAGAACCGAUUUAUCGACAAGGACGCAGACUGGGUGGAUCUGACAGGACUGAAUCCAGAAACAAGUUAUAACCUGUCUUUUAUCACAGAGUAUGGAAGACAUAAAAGUGAUCCCGUGUUUCUGCAUUUCAAAACUAACAAACCGCGAUCAGCCUUUACAGUUGCUGCAAUAGCAGGAAUGUCCUCUGGGUUUUUUAUACUUGUUGCCAUAAUUGUUGGGAUGGUUGUCCUAUGGCGACUUGGACGUUUGUCAGUUGUACGUGAAGAUAUUCGACGCCGGGCGACUGUAGUUCGAAGGAAUAUCACAAACCGAUUUUCAGCGAAUCCCAAUCAUGAUGUAGAUGACAUUUAUAUUUACGGCCAAAUGGAACUUAGUAAUACUGACAGAUGGAUUUUACCGAGCUCUGAAAUUGUGUUGGAUGCCUUGCUAACAAGCGGAAGAUUUGCAGACAUAUAUAAGGCCAGAUACCAAAAGCAAAAUAACAAAGCUAAACAAAUUGUAAUUGCAAAGACUUUGAAAAGUGGAUACACUGAAGAAAAUAUGCUGAUGAUGAGAGCAAAAAUUAAUUUUUUUGGCAAAGAAGUUGGGGAACAUCCAAACAUCAUUCAUUUCAUCGGCGCUGUCAUCGAUAACGAUGCAUUUGGACCAUUCAUGGUUUUUGAGUACUGUACAAAGGGGCAGCUUCGAGACUGGUUACUACAACAGAGGAAUGAAUCAACAGACGACACUAUGGAAAUCUUAUAUCGAAUUAUAUACGGAAUUUCGAAGGGAAUGUUCUACCUUGAGACAAAAAAGCUGGUGCACAGAAGACUUGCAGCACGAAAUGUUUUACUGACUGAUGAACUAGAACCCCAAAUCUAUGGAUUCGGACCAGAGCCACCCAAACACCAAGGCAACGAAGAGGAUGGAGAUGGUACACCUGAAGACAAGGAGCGAAUCCCUGUGAAAUGGACAGCCCCUGAAUGUUUUACUUCAAUGAAAGCUGCUAGCAUAAAAAGUGAUGUAUGGUCUUUUGGAGUGGUAUUAUGGGAAGUAUUUUCUUUGGGUGAAACUCCAUACCCGGGAUCACGAAGCAGAGAUGUUAUAACCCAAGUCAGAAAUGGACAUAGAAUGAAGAGACCAGAGUUUGCUAAUGACUUUUUUCAUGACAUUAUGACGAGAUGUUGGAACACUAAACCAAGAAGAAGGCCAAGUUUUAAGGAUAUAUCAACGGACAUUGGAAAAACCUUUAAUGCUGCACCUUCUGAUGAAUAUUACUAUUACUGUGAAAAGUGAAACAUGCCCAUAGAACAUUUUGACAGCGCUAUUCUUAAUGUGCAAGAACAAAUGGGCUUAGUUAGAUACGAUCCAUAUUUCAAACUUAAGUCAAAACAAAUUAAAUUACAUUUUUAAGUAAAACUUUUGAGCAAUCGUACAGCUAAGUACAUGUAACUACAUGCAAUUAUUAUUUUGAUUUUAUUUACCAUGUUUACGGAACAUUAUUCUACAUUGUUUGUUUCAUUAUUUCCUCUCCUGAUAUGAU